CAGCAUACCUCACAUUGCAGUCUCGUGUUAAACUUUACAUAAGAGUAAAAUGUGAUGGUCACUCUUCCUAGCUGCAGGGAUGCCGGUGGUUCAGCGCUGAUCCUAAUUAUUCAGUGACCUAUUCACUUUACCAAAUCAAAGCUUCAUUCAGGAAACAAAGCCAGCCUGCUGGAUACAAAGCAGAGAGCAACUGGUUUCUUUUUCUCUCUUCAGUUUUUGGCAACUUUCAAACGACUUGCCGCCUGUACCACUGGAAAAGACCAAUACUGACCACCCACAAUCUACUGACCAUCUAUAAUCUGCACAGGAAAAAAAACUUCAAACAUUGAUCCUACGCCAUAAAAUGUACCUUGAAAAUAAUAAUGAAGUACCACUUGUUAGAAAAUGUGAAGUUGACGUAACUCAGACAUCUGCACCACUUCAUGGUGGCUUGAAUGGACGUGUGGGCACGGAAUCUGUGACCAAUGAAUUUGAUGAGCUAUUACUCUUGGAUGGAUUUCAUAGAGUGGCUGAAAAUCAGGAGUGGGAAAAACCUUAUCAAAAUGGAAUAAUGGCACAGGAUUGUUGUGUAGCUUAUGGAGAAGAUUUAAACCCAAUGACUGGGCAGGGGAGAUACACUUUCAAUUUUCCAAAGCUUUUCAGUCCAGUUAAAGAGGGUACUUUAACAGAGACCACUCCGUUGUUACAAUUUUCAUCUGAAAGCAAAAGGUUGCAGUACAUAAGCCUUGAAAAACCAGAUUUCACAAUUGGUGGAGAAUCAUGGGAGAAUAGCUCAUCUGAAUUUGAACAAAGAUAUCGGCUUGGGAGUGAAGUUGGUACCUUGUCAAGAUCAAUGUCUUCGGAAAAAUACGAAGUCCUGGACAGUCUUCAUGACAAGUUCAAAUUUUCAAGACUUAGGUGCUUCUUAAAGAACCUGAAGAUUGCAGUGCUGUUCAUCAUUACAGUUGUCUGUUCUAUUUUAUUCAGCACCUAUUCUGACAAAAGCAAUCCUUGGGAGAUGCUGGCCCUGUCCUCUUUGGAGAGCUAUUCUAUGAACCUUACAGAUUUCCGUGACUCUGCCCUUUUAAAACUUGAUGUUGAUGGGCCAUUUUCAGGUGAAGUGCUUGAUCAAAGAACUCAGGAAUAUGUUGUUGUACAAAUUAUACAAAUUGACGAUCCUCUCUCAAGAAGGCGAAGUCCUGAACAGGUAAUUUACAACUGGACUUUGAAUUUGGGCUCACGAAGAAAGGAACCCAUUAGAAAAACUAGAGUUUUUAAUAUACUGAACAGUGAUACAAUUUCAAUAAAUAUGCAAGCAUUUCUACAGAAUACCCAACUCGUUCCACUGUCUUUAAAUUAUCAGUACCUUAGUGCCAACAUAGAGACUCAAGUUACUAUUGCAGCAGUGAUCCUCGCAGGUGUUUAUGUGCUUAUCAUAUUUGAGAUUGUGCACAGGACCUUGGCAGCAAUGUUGGGUGCCUUAGUAGCAUUGGCAGCUCUGGCCGUUGUUGGAGAUAGACCGAGUCUGGUAAAAGUCGUGGAGUGGAUUGAUUAUGAAACAUUAGCACUUUUGUUUGGAAUGAUGAUUUUGGUGGCAAUAUUUUCAGAUACUGGAUUCUUUGAUUACUGUGCUGUAAAGGCAUACCAACUUUCUCGAGGCAGAGUCUGGCCAAUGAUAAUAAUUCUUUGUCUCUUUGCUGCAUUCCUGUCUGCAUUUUUAGACAAUGUAACCACAAUGCUGCUCUUCACCCCAGUCACCAUAAGACUGUGUGAGGUUCUUAAUCUAGACCCAAGGCAGGUCCUGAUUGCAGAGGUUAUCUUCACAAACAUUGGGGGAGCAGCAACAGCUGUCGGGGAUCCACCAAACGUGAUCAUUGUUUCCAAUCAGGAAAUGAGGAAAGUGGGAUUGGACUUUGCAGGAUUUACAGGACACAUGUCCUUUGGAAUUUGUCUGGUUCUCUUAGUAUCUUUUCCUUUUUUCCGAAUUCUUUAUUGGAACAAAAAACUUUACAACAAGGAACCCAGUGAAAUCGUAGAACUGAAACAUGAAAUUCAUGUUUGGAGACUGACCGCACAAAGAAUUAAUCCUGCCAGUCGGGAGGAAACUGCAGUGAAAUGUCUUUUAAUGCAAAAAGUUUUGACUUUGGAGAGCUUACUAAGGAAAAAACUAAGAACUUUUCAGAGACAAAUCUCACAAGAAGAUAAGAACUGGGAAAACAAUAUUCAGGAACUCCAAAAAAAGCAUCGGAUAACUGAUAAAUGUCUUCUUAUCAAAUGCUUGUCUGUGUUGGGAUUUGUCAUCUUUAUGUUUUUUCUCAACUCCUUUGUUACUGAAAUCCACCUGGACCUUGGUUGGAUUGCAAUAUUGGGUUCAUUGUGGCUCUUGAUUCUGGCGGACAUUCAUGAUUUUGAAAUCAUCUUGCAUCGCGUAGAAUGGGCCACUCUUCUUUUCUUUGCAGCAUUGUUUGUUCUAAUGGAGGCCUUGGCUAGUCUGCACUUAAUAGACUAUAUUGGGGAGCAAACUGCAGUUCUGAUAAAGUCCGUUCCAGAAGAUGAACGUCUUGCAAUUGCAAUUAUAUUGGUUGUAUGGGUAUCAGCCUUAGCAUCAUCUCUGAUUGACAAUAUUCCUUUCACUGCUACAAUGAUUCCAGUUCUCAUAAAUUUAAGUCAAGAUGCUGAUGUCAAUUUACCAUUGAAACCACUUAUUUUUGCCCUGGCGGUUGGAGCUUGUUUUGGCGGUAAUGGAACAUUGAUUGGGGCCUCAGCCAAUGUUGUUUGUGCUGGCAUUGCAGAGCAGCAUGGGUAUGGAUUUUCCUUCAUGGAAUUCUUUAGGUUGGGUUUCCCAAUGAUGAUCGUUACUACUACAAUUGGCAUGAGUUAUUUACUGAUUUCACACGUCGUUUUGGAGUGGAAUGCUUAACCCACAUACACGGAACAUUUAUAAAGCAAGAAUUCCAAAAGAUGAAUUCAGUUAGAAUGAAGUUAUUAUGCAUUGGUGUAAAAUGUUUGUCACCUAGGAAUACAUUAGAAUGUUCAAUUACCUAAAAGGUAAUGACUACCACAAAAGGUUUUUGUAUAAAGGUGCAAACACAAUGAUCAAUUUGAAAGUAAUUGGUUAAUAUUAGUCAGCGGAGAUAUCUUAAAUGUCUGAGGAAAAACAAAACUGUUGUCUUAAGAUGUAUUUUUCUUAUUUGGUACAAAACUAAUUUAACAAAUGGAGCAUGUAACAUGCAUGUCUUUAGCCUAAUUUCUUAGCGUAUUUGUGGAUGACCCGUUGACUAUUUGCGUAUAAAAUAAAGUUCCUAUACUCUGUACUCUUAAUUAAAUGUUCUAAAUGUGCAGAGAUAAUGUUAAUGUUACUGUAUUUUUGUAACUUUAGUUUCUAGAACACUCGCAUACACAUGCAUACAGUCGCAUUAAAAGGAAAUUAAACCCAAAGCAUUUCUUCCAUGAUUCAGAGAGAGCAUACAUUUUUAAACAACUUUCUAAUUGUCUUCUAUUAUCUAAUUUGCUUCAUUCCUUUGAUAUUCUUUGCUGAAAAGCAAAUCUAGAUAUGCUCAGUAGCUGCUGAUUGGUAGCUCCACAUAGAUGCCUCGUGUGAUUGGCUCACCAAUGUCUAUUUCUAUUUAUUCAACAAACGAUAUCUAAAGAAUGAUGCAAAUUAGAUAAUAGAAGUUAAUGUAAAUGUUGUUUAAAAUUGUAUUCUCUACCUGAAUAAUAAAAUCAUUUUUUGGGGUUUAAUGUCCCUUUAACUGCAUCUGUACAUAAAUAUUCUUUACUAAAAGAAAACCAUACAUAUUUUGGAAUAUGUACUUUGAUAUUGUGUAAGUGUUUAAUCCAUUGGCUGCUGGAAGUGAGUGCAAUGCAUUGCUGUGCAAUCAGUUGUCUCAUACUGGAAUCCAAAAGGUUAAUGCAUGUUUAACACAGGUUCAGGUUGUACAAAUAUACAUUUCAUGUAAACAAAAUAAAUUACUGAACCAACUUAAAAAAAA